AUGAAUUUAAUCACAACAAUACUUAUUAUUUCUAUUGUCCUCUCUACUAUUCUCGCUAUUGUUUCCUUUUGGCUCCCCCAAAUAACCCCUGAUCAUGAAAAACUUUCCCCCUAUGAAUGUGGCUUUGACCCCCUAGGGUCUGCGCGCCUACCCUUCUCCCUCCGCUUCUUCCUCGUCGCAAUCCUCUUCCUCCUCUUUGACUUAGAAAUCGCACUACUCCUCCCCCUUCCCUGAGGGGACCAACUCUCCUCCCCCCUCAUAACAUUCACCUGGGCCUUUACUGUUCUUGUCUUAUUAACCCUCGGCCUAAUUUAUGAAUGAAUUCAAGGCGGCCUAGAAUGAGCUGAAU